AAGGCGGGUGGUGAAUUUAAAAUGAAGCGAAAUACAAGGUUGCCCAACUUUUACAUUGACACAAUUUUAAGGAGUUUACCAUUGAACAAAAAUCCUCAAAAAGGCGAAGUGGAAAAAUAUAACAACACUCAUACUGGAUGGACACAACCGACACGGGAAUAUACCGGAGUCGCACAUCAAGUACAAUCUCCGGCAGCACAAAGCAAGAUAGACAUAACCAGUUUUAACUUGCAACUGCAUUUGUUUGCGCAGAGCAUUCUGCAAUGGCGACAGCUAUACCCCAGCGGCCCGCGGGAAUAUGGUGACGCAUAUCCCGCACAGAAUUGCGAAGUCCCGAGCAUUCGUAGUCUGGCGGAGAUAAAUGAAGUUAAGAGGAAUCAAACAAAGAAAUCUUUAUGGAAUCCGAUAAACGAUGUGCGUGAUCCGAAAAACGAUUUAUCAAACAAAGAUGAUACGCUUACCAAAAGCCAAGACGACCCCCUAGCGAGCCUCAACCGACUGUCGCAAAAUGUCGACUAUCCAGCAAACUUUCACAAAGAACUACCGCGCGCGCAUUCGACACCAAAACGGUCGCUCAUAUCAAGUGAUGAAAAAUUAGCCGAGGAUAAUCAAUCCCCAAACAGCAGACGAUCUUUAGCUACAGGAAACCAGCAACCAACAUCAGGAACCGAGGAAGAAAAGAAAACACUUUGGCCUGCAUGGGUUUAUUGUACUCGGUAUUCUGACCGACCGUCCGCAGGCCCAAGAACCCGUAGAGUAAAGCGGAAAUGCAAAAGCAAGGACACGGGUGCUGAGUCAUUGGAUAAACGAGCAAGAACCGCAUUCUCCCCGGAACAGCUUGAUUAUUUACAGGUGGAAUUUGAGAAAAGUCAGUAUUUGACCGAAGACAGGAGAGUACGAGUGUCGGAAAAACUUGGUUUAUCAGUCUCGCAAAUAAAAGUUUGGUUUCAAAAUAAGAGAGCAAAAGUAAAGAAGACAAGCGGAGUCAAGAACGAGCUUGCAAUGCAGCUGAUUGCACAAGGAUUGUACAACCAUAGGACGCAAAAGCAGGAUGAAUAGUUGGAAAAAAACAACUUUUCGUAUUUUUAUGUCACUCUAAUUGGAAAAAUAUCGAUCAAAACGUAAAUACAACAAUUUUGUUCUGAGUAUUAUUUCAUUUCAUUGCACCAUGGUAUAAGACUUGUUUAUUACGCAUUAUAAGGUGAAAAAAAUACAUCGAAUUUGAAUUUGUAA